AUCACGAUCAUCACCCAACCCUGAUCCAGACAACUCAACUCAUCCAAAGCCCAAGAGACUUAUCCCUGCUAUCCCCCGAAAACUGCUGAGUGUCAAUGUCCCCUUCUGCCAUUACAGACUCCCUGCCACAAAACGCCGCGUACCCGGCAUCAACAGAUCUCGGUGAUGGGCUCGCGGUGCAGCACCCGCCGCCCAACUUCCAGGGCUAUGACCACGUAACUUGGUGGGUGGGCAACGCUAAGCAGGCCGCCGCCUACUACACCACCCUAUUCGGCUUCCAAACCAUCGCGUACAAGGGCCUCGAGACGGGCAGCAGGUACCUCGCCUCGUACGUCGUCGCCAACAAGGGCGUGCGCUUCGUCUUCACCUCCCCCGUGCGCUCCCUUGCCCACCUGCCCGAGGAUGAGCCCAUCUCUGACGCGGAGCGAGAGCUCCUGCGCGAGAUUCACGCCCACCUCGAGAAGCACGGCGACGCCGUCAAGGACGUCGCCUUCGAGGUCGACAAUGUCGAGGCUGUCUACGCUAAGGCUGUUCAGGAGGGCGCUGUCGCCGUCCAGCCGCCCAGCGUCUCCAAAGACAAGGAGUACGGCGAUGUCUUGACGGCCGUCAUCCGCACUUACGGCGACACUACUCACACUCUCAUUAGCCGCGGCAGCUACCGUGGGCCCUUCCUUCCGGGCUUCCGCGCCGCCAAGCCCGCAACAGCCACCGUCUCCCUCCCUGACGUGCCCUUGGCCCGCAUCGACCAUUGCGUCGGCAACCAGUCAUGGAACGAGAUGGUGGCCGCUUGCGCCUUUUACGAGAAAUGCCUAUCGUUUCACCGCUUCUGGUCUGUAGACGAUUCGCAGAUCUGCACAGAGUUCUCGGCCCUCAACUCCAUAGUCAUGGCGUCGUCCAACAACCUUGUCAAGAUGCCCAUCAACGAGCCCGCCCCGGGCAAGAAGAAGUCCCAGAUCGAGGAGUACGUCGUCUUCAACUCGGGCGCUGGGGUCCAGCAUAUUGCUCUGCUGACGCACGACAUUAUUGCCACCGUCUCGGCCAUGCGCGCCCGCGGCGUCGAGUUUAUUGCCGUUCCCUCGACCUACUACGACACCAUGCGCCAUCGUCUCAAGACGGAGAAGCGGAACUGGGAGCUCAAAGAGGACCUCGCCACCAUCGAGGCUCUCAACAUUCUCAUAGACUACGACGAGCAAGGCUAUCUGCUACAGCUCUUCACUAAGCCGUUGAUGGACCGUCCAACUGUGUUCAUCGAAAUCAUUCAGCGGAACCACUUUGAGGGAUUCGGGGCUGGCAACUUCAAGAGCCUGUUCGAGGCCAUUGAGCGGGAGCAGGCCGAGCGGGGUAACUUGUAAGCCUGCGAGGAAGACAUUUCUCGAGGCAUGACGACCAUAUUUGUCAAUCCAUGGUACGACCCGGUGGAACACCCUGCUGGAUCAGCAAAGGGGUUGUAUGGCAUUGAUGAAAAUAUGUAGUAACAAUAGGUAUAUUCAAACAUGGCCCUAAUUCAGGCCCCCUUGCGCCAA